AUGGCAUCGGGCAUGAAUUUCACAGACCGAGCUCAGAAGGCCCUCGCCGAUGCCCAUGAACUCGCCCAACAAUACUCUCACUCCCAGAUCCUGCCUCUUCACCUCGCUGUUUCCCUCCUUGACCCGCCAAUCGACGAAUCUAAAGACCAGCAGCAAGCCAUGAACGCAUCACAUACAUCAGGCUCAUCACCACUCUUCCGCCAAGUCGUUGACCGUGCCCACGGAGAUCCCCAAGCGCUUGAUCGAGCAAUGAAGAAAGCUCUUGUCAGGUUACCGAGUCAGGAUCCGCCACCAGAGCACGUGUCAAUAUCUCCUCAAUUCUCAAAGGUUUUGCGGAACGCGAGUGAAUUGUCGAAGACCCAAAAGGAUAGCUACAUUGCAAUUGACCACCUUAUUCAAUCCCUUUCGCAGGACUCUUCUAUUGAACGAUGUCUAGCAGACGCCAAUGUCCCCAACACUAAGCUCAUAGACUCUGCCAUACUGCAGAUCCGCGGGACGAAAAGAGUGGACUCAAAAACGGCGGAUGCAGAACAGGAAAAUGAGAAUCUCAAGAAGUUCACCAUAGACAUGACUUCGUUGGCCAGGGAGGGUAAGAUUGACCCAGUCAUUGGUCGAGAGGAGGAAAUCAGGCGAGUCAUAAGGAUACUGUCACGAAGGACGAAGAACAACCCUGUCUUGAUUGGUGAGCCUGGUGUUGGAAAAACGACUGUCGUCGAAGGUCUGGCCUCGAGGAUAGUCAAUGCAGAUGUACCAGCAAAUCUGGCGGCCUGCAAGCUGCUCUCUCUUGACGUCGGAUCAUUGGUCGCGGGAAGCAAAUACCGGGGAGAAUUUGAAGAAAGAAUGAAAGGCGUCCUGAAGGAGAUAGAGGACUCAAAGGAGAUGAUAGUUCUCUUCGUUGAUGAAAUCCAUCUAUUGAUGGGCGCCGGUUCGAGUGGAGAAGGCGGUAUGGACGCGGCCAAUCUGUUGAAACCCAUGCUUGCAAGGGGUCAAUUACACUGCAUUGGCGCAACCACGCUUGCCGAAUAUCGGAAAUACAUUGAAAAGGACCAGGCGUUCGAGCGUAGAUUUCAGCAGGUUUUGGUCAAAGAGCCGACGAUACCAGAGACGAUCUCAAUUCUCCGCGGCCUAAAAGAAAAGUAUGAAGUUCACCACGGUGUCAACAUCCUUGACGGGGCUAUUGUGGCAGCAGCUACCCUUGCCGCUCGAUACCUGACUGCCCGAAGACUACCCGACUCAGCUGUUGACCUGAUUGACGAAGCGGCAGCGGCUGUUAGAGUUACUCGGGAAUCGCAACCAGAGGCCCUCGACACUAUGGAGCGUAAAUUACGGCAGUUACAGAUUGAAAUACAUGCUCUCGAGCGUGAAAAGGACGAAGCUGCUCGUUCUCGUCUUUUACAAGCACAGUCGGAAGCGGCAAACGUUGAAGAGGAUCUCAAGCCCAUGCGUGAGAAAUACGAAACUGAAAAGCAGCGUAGCAAAGACAUUCAAGAAGCAAAGAUCAAAUACGAUCAGUUGAAAGUCAAGCAAGAAGAAGCCGAGCGGAACAAAGACCUACAGACCGCUUCGGACCUCCUCUACUAUGCUAUGCCCGACACCAAAGCUCGUAUUGAGCAACUCGAAGCCGACCGUGCCCGUGCGGAUGCUGAGCUUUACAAACGCCGCGGGUCUGAGGGUGUUGAGGAAGCUAUGCUCACAGAUUCAGUGGGGCCUGAUCAAAUCAAUGAGAUUGUGGCUCGCUGGACAGGAAUACCAGUGACACGCCUUCGAACUUCGGAGAAGGAUAAGCUUCUCCAAAUGGAGAAGCACCUGGGCAAGGUAGUCGUGGGUCAGAAGGAAGCUGUCACGUCUGUAUCGAACGCCAUCCGUCUCCAGCGCUCCGGUCUUAGUAAUCCCAAUCAGCCACCCUCAUUCCUCUUCUGUGGCCCGUCUGGUACAGGAAAGACGCUGCUCACGAAAGCUCUUGCGGAGUUUCUCUUUGACGACCCGAAAUCCAUGAUCCGCUUCGACAUGUCCGAGUAUCAAGAGAGACAUUCGCUCUCUCGAAUGAUCGGUGCACCUCCAGGCUAUGUAGGCCAUGAUGCGGGAGGACAGCUUACGGAAGCCCUUCGCCGAAGGCCCUUCUCAAUCCUCCUCUUUGACGAGGUGGAAAAAGCCGCGAAGGAGGUCCUCACUGUUAUGUUGCAGCUCAUGGACGACGGCCGUAUAACGGACGGGCAGGGUCGCAUCGUUGACGCUCGCAACUGUAUCGUUGUCAUGACGUCCAAUCUUGGUGCCGAAUACCUUGCUCGUCAGAAUGCCCCUGACGGCAAAAUUGAUGCUACGACGCGCGAGAUGGUCAUGACUUCAUUGCGAAAUUACUUCUUACCGGAGUUCCUAAACCGCAUAUCCAGCAUCGUCAUUUUCAACCGCUUGACAAGGAAGGAGAUCCGGAAGAUCGUCGAUGUGCGGUUGGUAGAGAUACAGAAACGCCUUGUCCAAAAUGACCGCAAAGUCACAAUUUGGUGCUCAGACGAAGUGAAAGACUAUCUUGGUUCCGCCGGGUACUCUCCAGCGUACGGCGCACGCCCUCUUGCUCGACUUAUUGAGAAAGAGGUGCUGAACCGCAUGGCAGUACUGAUUCUCAGAGGUGGAAUUCAAGAUGGCGAAACUGCUCGGGUGGACAUGGAGGAUGGACGAGUCACUGUCCUUCCCAAUCACGGCGACAGUGAAGACGAGGACGAGGACGCAAUGGUUGACGGAGACGAAGCGGAGGAUGACGCGGUGGAGAUGCUUCAGGACGGGACUGGGGACAUGGAUCUUUACGAGUGA